CCACCGACCACCAUACCGAGCAGAAAAGAUUUCAUUGAUCAAAUGAUUGUGACGUCGCUACUCCAAUCCAUUCUUCCUAUUUAGUAUGGAUCAAAGCCUUACAAACAAAUAGUUCUUUCAUGCCAUGAAACGCUUCGCGUUGGCCAUUUCGCUGCUGCUCUGGCUUCGAAAGGCAUCGUCUUUAACRAUUGGGUCGUCCCCCCCGACAAAGCAACCUACAAACUCUGCUGUGGCUACUCCGAAAGUAGUGUGGUUCAGAGAUCACGCUCUUMGUGUUCGAGACAAYGACGCGUUCUAUAAUGCUGUAAAAAGUACAUCUGGUGUGUCAAGCAAAAUUGGGGUUGGCACAAACAACAAUACCAACGAGAACGGAGUCAGAGUAAUUCCCGUCUACAUUUGGAACGGCUCUAGCAACAGCAACAGCGACGAUCGCAGUCUUGAUUACCCCGUUAACGCGAUGACCGGUGGAACAGCAAGUGAUGUUUUUAUAGCAAAUGCACUGAAUAGUCUAAAUCAAACACUGUUCGGCAGACUUUCGGUGGGAUUGCUCAGCGGCAAGGCCCAGCCGGAACUUAUCGCAGACGAGCUCGCAACGAUUUGUAACAACAGUGGUUCUUUCGAGAUCCAUUACAUGGAAUCUCCGAAUCAGAAGUUCGAAGAUGCCCUGAGAGAUCAGCUGGUAAUCCGCAAUCUUGUUCCCUGCUCAGUUAAGAGUGGGUACAGCCUGCUGGAUUAUACCGAAGUGCCGCCAUGGAAGGAAAUCAUCUCGAACCAUCCUUUUCGAAGCCCACUUAUUCCGUUUGUGGAUUACUUGAUGAAGCGAUUGGAACAAACGCCACCGCCAUUGCCGAAAGCAGAGCCUACUGCACUAGAAGAUUCCAUAGGAAAUCUGAGCCGCAACGUGGUUWCAAAACCCAUCUCAGUUGAAGACCUUUUGAAUAUAGUAGGAUAUAGUCAGGGGAGGACAGAUUGGGGGUCAAGCAUCGCCGGUGCUUGGCCCGCUACCGAAAAAGAUGCWAUGAAUGCCCUUAGCUCCUUUCUUGAUUCCCUCCCUAYAUCUUCRAAGUCAGCAGAAGAUACCGAGGAACGUCAGAAUGAAUCGAAGAGGACCCACCUGGCCUCACGAUUGUCGCCGUAUCUUGCGCGAGGACUUCUCUCACCGAGGCAGGUCUAUUGCGCCAUGGUGCUAUCGUCAUCGGAUUAUGCGAAGAAAGACAAAGCAUCAUUCGUGAGGCGAAUUUGUUGGCGCGAUUACACAUACGCAGUGUCAUCCUUGUUCCCGGAUGCGAUUCGCGGACGUCCCAUCCGUGAGGGCUACUCUCUCGACAAAUGCAAUGGAGCCGACGAAGAUCAAAAUAGCGAGAGCGAUAGAUCUGGCCUCUUUGAGCUCUGGAAAAACGGAGCGACGGGCUUCCCCCUCRUUGAUGCCGGAAUGCGACAGCUCACGAAAGAAGGGUGGAUGCCACAGAAAGUGCGUCUCGCCACAAGCACUUGUCUGGUGGAAGGAUUGGGGAUCUCUUGGGAAGAAGGGAUGCAACAUUUUGCUGAGUAUCUKGUUGAUUACGAUGGAGCUAUAAAUUCGAACAUGUGGAUGAAUGCUGGAUGCGUUGGUUUCGACCCUUAUUAUGUCGGAACCGAUUACAAGAGGAGGCCAUACUGGGACAAAGAUGGGGACUAUGUACGACAGUGGUGUCCAGAGUUGAAGGAUCUACCAGACACUUACGAGGUUGCCGAAGCGCAAAGAGGAAUAGGAACCUUCAAGGUAGACUGCCUUUAUGAACCCUGGUCGGCUCCGGAAGAAGCUCUGAGAACAUCCGGUGUCGUCUUAGGGGAGACGUAUCCCAACCGGUGCUGCGAUGAACGAAUCGAAAGAAAACGGUUCUUUGAAAAGAUUCGCAAACUCCGAGCGCAAUGGCCCUCAUCCAGAACUGAUGAGCGUGGUCGAGACAUAGUUCGCUUGGGCCGUGAUCCAAAAUCAGAGUCGAUCGGAAUGUUUACUCCGAGAGCGCUUCUAAUAAGCAAAUAGUGCAAGUGAAAGAGUCUCUCGAUCGCUAAUUAACAAUAGAAUCUUUCUGGUGAUACAGUUUACGCCAUAAUCAGUGGUUAACCCAUUCUACUCUAGAACGUGUUUUGUUUUGGACUGUCGUUGACAAUGCUAGGAUGAAUGUUGUUUGAUACUUUUGUUUGAGUCUUAAUCCGUAUUGUUGCCUACCAUCACCAAAAAUAAUGAGUGCAAUCGUCCAUUCUUUCAUUGCAGGAAGAUAUGCUUGUAAGCGAAGAAAAUGGAUAUUUCUGAAGAAAUAUUUGGAUGCCAAAUGAUGACGAAGCCCAAAGAAGAGGCAAGUCUUCGGUUGCAAUUUAUGCCGUUGUUGUAAGCGUUCAUCUAUGCUUGUUUCCAUUUUUGAAGUCCCGCAGGCCGUCCAGUCACGAAUAACGUCAACGAUCACAAGGCGAGCGUCAUCCAAUGGUUGGCCUGCCACAAAAAAAAACGGUGAAGGUGCAAAUUUAUUUCUUGAAUUGCAUAAUUCUGGCGUUUGUUACUGUUGUAUCCCAGAUACAACCGACUACCACAAUUUAGCAACAAAGUUUCGAAAUUCCAUUGCAAUGUUUGCCCGUUCAGCCAUCCGUACUCUCCGCUCUUCUCGCACUCGUGUCGCCCGUGCCUUUUCGGUAAGAUCAUUAUUGUCGGUAAACRAAUUGUGGAGUUAGGGAACAACUUUCGCUAGCUUUYUAWCYAUGCUGCUACGAUACAACUCUGCAAAUUCCAUUUUUACUACRAAGGCAAGUGCAGCCCCGGUCGCUACUGCGUCGAGCUCGAGAAUUUUAUCUGCCGCACUUUUUGCCGCUAGCGUAUCUACAGCCACGGUCUACUCGAAUUCUACCCGCAUCGCCCAAUGCGAUGCCGCUGCCCCACCUGUUUAUGGUAUCCCAGGAACGAACCAAGAGCGCACAUUCAUUGCCGUCAAACCCGAUGGUGUUCAACGUGGUCUGAUUGGGGAUAUCAUCGCCCGAUUCGAGAAGCGCGGAUACAAAUUGGUCGGAUUGAAAAUGGUUUGGCCCACAUUAAAAAUGGCUGAGGAUCACUAUGCUGACUUGAGCAAAAAGCCUUUUUAUGCUGGAUUGACAAGAUUCUUUUCCUCUGGUCCGAUUGUGUGCAUGUGCUGGGAAGGUAAAGAUGUCAUCAAACAAGGACGCCAAAUGCUUGGAGAGGUAAGUGGUUUGUGGCUUUUGAUGUUGUUGUGGAAAAUGGCCCGAUCAAAGAUUCCCACAACCCGACAACAAAAAUGUUGAUACUUCAUUCUUACAGAAUCGAUUUUGAUAUGUUUGUUUGGUGCCAAUUGGCUGUCUCGAUUUACAAAUGCAGACCCAACCAUUGGCUUCGAAACCCGGCAGCAUCCGCGGUGACUAUUCCAUCGAUCUCGGAAGAAACAUCUGCCACGGAAGCGACAGUCCCGAGGGAGCGGAACACGAACUCAAAAUGUGGUUCCCUGAGGGAGUUAAUAACUGGGCAAAAACUGUUGACUCUCAUAUAUACGAAUAGAUUCUAUGGAUAAACGAAAACAAUAUGU